AACCCGAUUUUGUAGCAAUUGAAAAUCAAACCGAACCGAAGAACAUAGAGAGUGGUUGAUUCUGAAUGGCUUCUUGUGGACUCCUCUCCAUUUCUUCUUCUGUCUACUGCAACAAACGUGAAACUGCCGUGAGGAAAUUGGUGGCAAUGGAACGGAAUUACAAUAUACCACACGUAUUAACGGUUGCAGGCUCUGAUUCCGGUGCCGGAGCUGGUAUCCAAGCUGAUCUGAAAACAUGCGCUGCUCGUGGAGUUUAUUGCUCUUCUGUUAUAACUGCCGUUACUGCCCAAAACACUGUUGGAGUUCAGGGUGUGAAUAUUGUGCCUGAGGAUUUUGUUGCCGAGCAGUUAAAAUCUGUGCUCUCUGAUAUGCAAGUUCAUGUGGUCAAAACAGGCAUGCUACCUUCUGUUGCCAUAGUCAGGAUUCUCCUUCAGAGUCUGACAGAUUUUCCUGUUCGAGCUUUGGUGGUUGAUCCUGUCAUGGUAUCUACCAGUGGAGACGUGUUGGCCGGUCCUUCCAUUCUUUCCUGUUUUCAAGAAGAGCUGCUUCCUAUGGCCGACAUAGUCACUCCAAAUAUAAAAGAGGCAUCUGCGUUACUUGGUGGAAUACCACUUGAAACGGUUGCUGACAUGUGCACUGCAGCAAAACUUUUGCAUGCUAGAGGUCCUCGAAAUGUACUUGUAAAAGGUGGCGACCUUCCCAACUCUUUGGAUGCUGUUGAUAUUUUCUUUGAUGGUGAAGACUACCAUGAGCUAUGUUCUCCUCGCAUAAAAACUCGCAAUACUCAUGGCACUGGUUGCACAUUGGCAUCAUGUAUAGCUGCUGAGCUAGCAAAAGGUUGUUCGAUGCUUGCAGCUGUAAAGGUUGCAAAGUGCUAUGUUGAGACCGCCUUGAAUUACAGCAAAGAUAUCAAUAUUGGAAAUGGGCGUCAGGGCCCCUUUGACCACCUAUUGAGGCUUAAGGAUAAUACUCACAACUCUUACAGACAACGGAUAUUCAAUCCAAGUGAUUUAUUUUUAUAUGCUGUUACAGACUCUCAGAUGAACAAAAAGUGGGGGCGAUCUAUGGUAGUUGCUGUUAAAGCAGCGAUAGAAGGAGGUGCUACCAUUGUUCAAUUGAGGGAGAAGGAUAUUGAAACAAGGGAAUUUAUAGAAACAGCAAAAGCAUGUCUUGAAAUUUGUCGUUCACAUGGAGUUUCUUUACUGAUAAAUGACCGAGUUGAUGUCGCCCUUGCUUGUGAUGCUGAUGGAGUGCAUGUUGGUCAGUCUGACAUGCCUGCUCGUCUCGCCCGCACCCUUCUCGGUCCUGACAAAAUAAUCGGUGUAUCAUGCAAAACACCAGAGCAAGCACAACAAGCAUGGAUUAAUGGCGCAGACUACAUUGGUUGUGGUGGCGUAUAUCCAACGACUACCAAGGCGAACAAUACCACUGUGGGUCUGGAUGGGUUAAAAGCUGUUUGCUCUGCUUCCAAGUUACCCGUGGUUGCUAUAGGCGGCAUUAAUGGUUCAAACGCAGGCUCUGUUAUUGAAUCUGGAUUUACAAAUCUCCAUGGUGUUGCAGUUGUAUCUGCUCUGUUUGACAAGGAAAGUGUUCUCCAUGCUACCAAGAAUUUGCAUGCAAGACUGACAGAGGCGGCAUUGACAUUAAAAUGAAGUGCAAUGAGGAAUUUUGCUGGUUUUAAUUUUUCUGAAACAUAUUUUUUAGCAUAUGAACUAUUAUGAAGGUUCACAAGUGUUCAACUUUAGCAAUUUUCACUCAGAAUUAUUUACUGGCUAAUUAGCUCUUAUCGUGGGUUGGAUUACUGGCAUCAACCUAUAAUACAUUUAUUGUUUACA